AUGGCAUGGAAUGGAAGCAGCCAAGAGAUACUUGUCUCCUGGGGCCUACAGACCCAGAUGUACAUGGUCCUUCCCAGGGAGAACAUGACAAUGUUGCCUCAGGAUAGCUCCUUAGAACCAUCAGACACAGCUGUUGGCUCGCCUCACCAAGCUUGGGCUGCUUUUAACAUCCUAUGUGUAAUCAUCCUUGGAAUAAUGUUCAUCAUGGGUACAGUUGGUAAUGCAUUUGUCAUCUGGGUGGCUGGUUUCCAUAUGCCUCAUACCGUCAACACCGUGUGGUUUGUCAACCUUGCUAUUGCUGACUUUGCUUUCUGCCUCUCCCUACCCCUCAACAUGACCUUUGUGAUCCUGCAUAGACAGUGGCCAUUUGGUAGGGCUCUCUGCAAACUCCAUAGUGCCAUUAAUAACCUCAACCUCUUUGCCAGUGUCUUCCUAGUGUCCCUCCUUUCUGUGGACCGCUGUAUCACUGUCUUUUGGCCACUUUGGGCCAGUAAACCCUGAAGGCCAUGCCUGGCAGCCUUUGGGGCUCUGGGAGCCUGGAUCAUGGCCCUUGCCUUCUGUGGUACCUCACUGGUGAUCAAGGACACAAUUACACACCAAGGUAUCACCUACUGCUACAACAACUAUGAUAUCUGGAACGAAACUCAUGGGAGCCAUGAGUUAUGGCAGAAGAUCACUAUCCCCUGGUACCAUGCCCUUAUCAUCAUCCGUUCAGUAUGUGGUUUUAUGGUGCCAGUGGUUGUUAUUGGGGUCUGUUAUGGCCUGAUAAGUGCCAAGCUUUGGCAGAAUCAGCUUGCAUCGUCCAGUUGGCCCUUUUGGGUCCUCUUGGCUGUGGUUGUUGCCUUCUUCCUCUGCUGGCUGCCCUUUCAUGUGCUCCAAUGGGCAGAAUUCAUUUCCUUGUUGAAGAACCAUCAGGUCCUCUAUACCAUGGUCCAACACCUGGGCACAAUUGCCACCUCCCUGGCCUUUCUGAAUAGCUGUCUCAACCCAGUGCUUUAUGUUUUUAUUGGGCAUGAUUUUCAUGAGCAGUUGCUCCACUCCCUGCCAGCUGCCCUGGAACGAGCCUUGGCUGAGGACAAAAGACAUCCCUGCCACAGGUCACAAGAAUGGAAGGUGCCCUUGGACCCUGUCUCUACCCCAUCUCUACUUGUAUCUAAGUUUACAAGGCCAAAAGAUCACUAUCAAAAAUCAUCUGUAGCAGGCAACGUAUGA